GGCUAGGACCCUAUUAAAGUUAAGUAUUAAAAAUACAGUAUACACAAUAAUAUACGUACGGGUUAGCGUAAUCUGGGCCUCGUCCUGUACAAUGUAUUGGAUCUAACUCGUCCAUUGGAUAAGCAUACUUGAUAUAGUUAUCAUAUCCAAAAUAAAACAUCUGUUUCGCUUCAUCUCGCAAUCUCAGUCGAUCACUUUCGCCAAAAUAGCUGUACACCGUUGUGUAGUUUCGCCAUUGUGACCCAUUUUGACGUGAAAAUAGUUUAAAAAUAUCGAAAUUUUGCACAAAAUUAACUAGGACUACUAAGACUAUAAAAUAUUGAAUUUCCAUGUAAAAAUAUUUGUCAUUUAGUAAUGAAAAUAAAGGACAUUUCUAAAUAUUUUUACGAACGUGAUUUAAAUUUGUUUACUUCCCAUCCAAUGACGUAACAACACGUCCGCAACUGAUCUCAAUGUCUGGAUCCUCUGGUCUGGAUCGUUCAAUGCAGGGUAAUAAUUCCGUACGGGUAUUUGCACUCAGUAUUUUCCGCCAUAUUGAAUUUCACUGACUAAACUUCAAGGAUUUAUAGCUGUUUUAUUUGAAAAAAUCAUCCAUUUGACAAUGCCUGUUGAAAAUUUAGAAGAAGAAGGACUGCCUAAGAAUCCUAAUCUUGAAAUAGCGCAAUGGCGGUAUACUCUGACCGCACCACAUGGAGUUAACAAAGAUGAAACUGCCACUAAACUGUUGAAUGCUAUCAAAGAAAAUAGUAAGUUGUGAAGUUUAUAACUUAUUGUUGUUUUCUGUCUAUUAACAGUGAGUUGACAGAGGAUUGCUAACUUGCCCUGGUAUUCUCCUAACUUUAUUAGACAUGGCGCCAUUUUAUGAAGAAAUCUGUCCUGAUCUUGGUUGGAUUAUUGACCAAACUUUGCUAGAGAACAUGAAAGUAUCCAAUAAGACUGAACUGAAGAAGCUUGAGAAGGCUAUUGAAGAUGCCGAGACUAAUCUGGGAGAAACUGAAGUGCGAGAUGCCUUGCUGACAAAAGCAGAGCAUCUCUGUAAAAUAGGCGACAAAGUAUGUCAGAAACUGACCGCAAAUAGAUUCAUCCCCCUUCGCGUAUUUGUUCCACGAUUUCUUAACACCCUGCUACCCUAGCCCAUCGUGGACCUUUAAUAUCUAGCCUGUCUAACCACCUUACCCCUUGCGGAACAAAUCUGUGAAACAUGACAAAAUCUAUUUGUACUAUGACCAUACUGUGAUAGAUCUGAACGGAAAGUUUGGAAAUUGCUUAGGGCCAUUCCAUUUAAUAUACUCCCCCCCCCCCCUAUGGACGAGAAUUUCUGAGGGGUGUUGAAAAAGCUGUUUCUGAGGAGUUGUGUGCAUCGGCAUCCUUUGAUCUUUGCAUUUUUUCUGAGGGGUAAGGCAAAAAUUUCUUAAUUUCUGGGGGGUGUUUGUGUCGGCACUUUGAUUUUUUUUUCUUAGGGGUUCAAAUUUUAUUGACCUCGUCCAUGGGGGCACAUUAAAUGGAAUGGCUCUUGCCGAAGAUUUUGAAAAUGUUAAAUUACCAUUACAAAAUAUUAAAUUACAGUACCAUUUAUAUUUUUUGAACUAAUUUCCAUUAGGAAGGCGCUUUGACAGCUCUGAGAAAAACUUAUGAAAAAACUGUGACGACUGGGUUUAAAUUGGACAUCAUAUUUUAUUAUUUACGGAUUGGUUUAUUUUAUAUGGACAAUGAUUUGAUUACCAGAAAUAUUGAAGAAGCUAAAAGGUAAGACUUUUUGAAGGACGUUUUCAUACUUGUUAAUCAGUUAUUUCACAAACAGAACCCCCCCCCCCCACCCUCCCCUGCUAAGGGAAAAGUUUUUCAAUUUGGAAAGGCAAUAUCACUAUUACCACAAUGAUUUCUCUGAACCAUUCCAGGGGAAAUGUUUUACCAGAGUACUGCUGUGUGUCACUCCAAUCUGGUUGGAAACAUUCCUGAAUUAAUUACCAAAACACAAAUGCAUUACAAUAGACAACUUGCAUGUUAGACUAAUUUUUUAUUUAGGCAAGAAAAAGUAGAUUCCUGUAAAGAACUUAUUAAAAUCAGUAAAAUUGCAAAAUUUGGUUACGAAAUGUUGUAAAAUACAGAAAAUAUAGCCUUGCGAAGUUUGCAUAUUUUCAGUAUGUUUGUAUUACGUGCGGAAAUUGUUACCAUUUUUGAGUCGAAAAUGGUGACAAUUUCCGCACGUAAUACAAAUAUACUGAAAAUAUACAAACUUCGCAAGGCUAUAUUUUCUGUAUUUUACAACAUUUUGCAACCAAAUUUUGCAAUUUUACUAAUUUCAUUAUGUUCUUUUUAACUGUUGUGUUUGAUUCCCUUCUCUUUACUUAGCUAAUUAGAUUAAAAUUUAGUCUAACAUGCAAGUUGUCCAUUGCUUCUAAACAAAAUAUUUUGUAUUGCAGUCUGAUUGAUAAAGGUGGCGAUUGGGACAGAAGAAAUCGUCUAAAGGUCUACCAUGGUUUGUACUAUUUGUCCAUUCGAGACUUCAAGAAUGCAGCAGAAAAUUUCCUUGAGUCUAUAUCAACAUUCACGUCCUAUGAACUGAUGGAUUACAAAGUUUUUGUCACCUAUACAGUUUUAACAAGCAUGAUUGCGUUGCCAAGGACACAACUCCGGGAGAAAGUAAGGUUUUGAUUUCUGAGCUUUGAUGAGUUUGACUACAUUGAUCAAAUUAAUUUGUUUUCUUGGUUUUAGGUUGUGAAUGGUUCUGAAAUACUUGAGAUGUUGCAUCAGUUGCCUGAUAUUCAAGAGUUUCUAAUGUCUUUCUAUGAUUGCCAUUAUGAUAAAUUCUUUCUUUCCCUUGGUAGGUCUCUUAUCAUUAUCAUCGUCAAUAUCAUCAUUAUCAUCAUCAUUAUUAUCAUCAUCAAUAUCAUCAUCAUCAUCAUUAUUAUCAUCAUUGUCAUCAUUAUCAUCAUCAUUAUCUUCAUUAUCAUCAUUAUCAUCAUUAUCAAUACCAUCAUUAUCAUCAUCAUUAUUAUCAUUAUUAUCAUCAUUAUCAUCAUCAUCACCAUUAUCAUCAUUAUCAUCACCAUUAUCAUCAUUAUCAUCAUCAUUAUCAAUAUCAUUAUCAUUAUCAUCAUUAUCAUCAUCAGUAUCAUCAUUAUCAUCAUCAUUAUCAUCAUCAUCAUCAUUAUCAUCAUCAUCAGUAUUAUCAUUAUCAUCAUUAUCAUCAUCAUUAUCAUCAUCAUCAUCAUUAUCAUCAUCAUCAUUAUCAUCAUUAUCAUCAUUAUCAUCAUCAUUAUCAUCAUCAUUAUCAUCAUUAUUAUCAUCAUCAUUAUUUUCAUCACCAAAAUUAGAGAGGUUCAGAUUUGACUUCCACCACCACUACCUCUUACUGGCUUAGUAUGCAUCUGAUUGGUUAAUCAGAUAUAUGAAACUCAUCUGAUUGGUUAAUCAGAUAUAUGAAACUCAUCUGAUUGGUUAAUCAGAUAUAUGAAACUCAUCUGAUUGGUUAAUAGUCUCUUAAUGGUUGCAGUGGUGGCAGUGGUCAAAUCUGAACCUCUCUAUUAUCAUCAUCACUCCACCAUCAUCACCAGCACAAUUAUCACCACCACCACAUACACCAUCACCAUCUGUCCACCAUCACCUUCUGUCCACCAUCACCACCUGCCACAAUUAUCACCACUACUACCAUCACAACCAUACAUUUCAUCUUUUCCACAGCCAAAGUUGAGCAAGAAAUGAAACAAGAUCGAUACUUCCACUCACACUAUCAUUACUAUGUCCGUGAAAUGAGAAUACUGGGUUACAGUCAACUGCUGGAAUCAUAUCGCAGUCUUACACUACAAUAUAUGGCCAAUGCAUUUGGUGUCAGUGAGGAAUUUAUAGACAGGUAUGCUACAAUAUGUCAUCACCUUUUCGGUGUGUUUCAGUAAGUGUUAAAUGCACUGUGAAUGCAGCAGAUCAACUUUAGAAAUGCUGUCACUGGUAUCUCUCAAUACAGCCUUGUGAAAAGUUCUUAGCCUCAAGUGGCUAUGUAUAGAGCCUCAUGUUCAGACGGGUGUAUUCUAUAAGAAAAGAAUGAGCAUAAGUUGAGCAUAUUUCUUGUGUCUUAGGGAAUUAUCAAGGUAUAUUGCAGCAGGCAGAUUGAACUGCAAAAUUGAUAAAGUCAAUGGAGUCGUAGAAACAAACAGACCAGAUCACAAAAACUGGCAAUAUCAGGUAAUAAGUUCUUUAUGGGACUGCAUUGCGAUAAAACAUAUAAUACUUUUUGUUUGUGGAAACACCACGUAAAUUUAUUACUGCAGUAAUAAAUUUAUGUGGUGUUUCCACAAACAAAGAUAUUAUUAAUUAAUAUCAGGUAAGUACCAUGUGUACUUAAAAUAUUUCACACACAGAGAUAUAUUCCAAGAACUACCAACAAAAGAAUAUGAACAAGCUUUUGUUGUUAGAGAUGCAACUACCUGAAAAAUAUAAGCUAAGGAGAAUUUCGAUGUUUCGAAAUCGUUUCUAGCUUUUGGCUGGUAACUUCAGACGAAGGGCCUUCGCUCGAAACGUCGAAAUUCUCCUUGACUAUACCUGAAAUGUAUAUUUUUCAGUUAGUUGCAUCCCUAGCAACGAAAGCUUGUUCAUAUUAUUGCCUCUACCUACACUGGAUCACACAGUUCAAGAUUAUAAACAAAAGAAUAGCAUGUUGAUUUAUUUUUUCGUUUAUUUGUUAUUUAGUCCGUGAUUAAGCAAGGUGAUCUGCUACUAAACCGAAUUCAGAAGUUAAGUCGUAUUAUUAACGUGUAGACCACGUGACUUGUGUGUGGUAUUAUUAAACAUUCAACAUGUAUUAAGCUUUUGAGACGUUUCAUAACUAGAUAUUAUAAUAUACACAUUUCAUACUCUGUCUCAUUAACCACAGUUGUCCAGUAAAUUUGUGGUGCUAGAUUUUGCCAGUUUGAAUAUAUAAAAGUGUUUUGACUUUUACCUGGAAAGUCAUCACUUUCAUAUGUUUUGGCCAGUGAGAAUCUAACACAAAAAUCCUGUAUUUCAAGACCUAUUUUGUAUUGGUUUAAUCCUAUGGUUUAAUCACAUUGAUAACGUGUAAAGGUAUGAUUGAUGGGUUGGACAACAUGGGUGACUGUAGUACAUCCAUCCAUUGUUACACUGUACAAAAACACGCAAGACUAAAAACUACAUCACAUAUUAAGGCACAGGUAUUCCAUGUCUUUUAAAUGAUCCACUCUGGUACAGAUCCGUAAUUUCAACAGCCAUAAGUUCACAUUUAAAUAUAAAGAAGUCAUCUAUGUAUCCAUCUAACGGUCGCUCGUUCCUAUAGUCUCCAAUGUUAGCACAACCCCAGUCAGGGGAGAGGGCGUCCACCCUUGCGUUUUUACCGAAUUUUUGUAACUGUGAAUUAGUACUUAGUUUUCCAUUUUCUCCGUUGAUGUAAAUUUUUGCCACUCUUGUGGAAGUACGAUACGUCCCUGCAAUAUGAGUCCAGGUAUCCGUUGGAACGCUUGAUUCUAAUUAGAGAAAAAUUGAGACAUUGUAAGGUGAUAAACACAAGAAAGAACGAACCACUAGCCUGAUAUGAUUUUAAUACCCGAUAUGAUUUUAAUACCUGAUAUAACGUUAAACACAGUCCUUUCCAUAUGAUCUCUGUGAAGCCAACGAACUUUCCCAUCAUUGAUUUCAAAAUGAAAUUGCGCUUUCCCAUUGGCUACAUCCGAUGCGCACGUAUGAAAGAGUUCAUGUUUGCCAGUUGAUGACGUCGUCUUUACCCAUAAUGCAACAGUAAUAGCAGAACUUGGUCGAUUGUGAAAGCCUUUUGCUCCAAGUGAGACGUUGGAGUGUUUUGGCAAGUGUAGACAUUUGGCAAACUUUCCGUUGUUUUCAAGUUUCGCUGUACCAGCUAUUGUCCCGUGGUUGGCAUUGUUUGAAGUGUCGUACGCGCGGCCAUCCAUCAACGUAUCGAAUGUAUAGUGUACACUUAAACACCCCGCGUCACCUUAAAUGACAAAAACUAUCAGGUGUAACUGUGAAAAGCAGAAACCAACAGGCCAAGCCACCACGAAUACACAUCAAAACAGACUCAACUCGCAUGAGUCCUGUAUAACCUCAGAUCAUUUUAAGAUAGCUCUACACAUUCCAGAACAUGUACUAC